AUGAAGCCGUUAGCGCUUUUGUGUGGGGGCACCAUCGGACUUCUGUGGAGCUGCCUAGGCGUCCUGCACUCCGUUCGCUGUGGCUGGGGCGACAACCAUGUGCAUUCAAGUUUUAUUUACAGAAGGUUGCGCAACCACGAACGGAGGGAGAUCCAGAGGGAGAUCCUGUCCAUCCUGGGCUUACCGCACCGGCCGCGGCCCUUCUCUCCGGGCAAACAAGCAUCAUCUGCCCCCCUCUUCAUGCUUGACCUGUACAAUGCCAUGUCCACCGAAGACGACGACGGGAUCCUGGGCGGCCCUGGAAAGGGCUCCCUGGAAAGGAGCCAGGGAAGCUCUCGCAGAGGUCACCAUGGGCCCCCACAUGGCUACUCCCGUGCACCUCAGCCGUACCGCGCUGCCCCCCUGACCAGCCAAAGUCCCCCCCUGGCCACUUCACAUGAUACCAACUUUCUCAACGACGCCGAUAUGGUUAUGAGCUUCGUCAAUCUAGUUGAGAGAGAUAAAGAUUUCUCACACCAGCGAAGGCACCACAAGGAGUUCCGGUUCGACCUGACCCAGAUCCCGGAUGGGGAGGCGGUGACAGCCGCCGAGUUUCGGAUUUACAAAGACCGCAGCCAUGCCCGCUAUGAGAAUGCCACCCUGAAGGUCAGCAUUUACCAGGUCACCAAAGAGUAUCCGAACAAGGAUGCAGAGACAUUCCUGUUGGACUCCAAAAAGGUCAGGGCUUCUGACGGAGGCUGGCUGGUCUUUGAUAUCACAGCGACUAGCAACCAUUGGGUCCUUAACCCCCAGCAGAACAUGGGCCUGCAGCUGGUCGUGGAAACCAUGGAUGGCCGGAGCAUCAACAGCAAGUCGGCGGGCAUGAUCGGGAGGAGCGGCCCGCAGGCCAAGCAGCCCUUCCUAGUGGCGUUCUUCAAGGCCAGUGAAGUGCUGCUGCGCUCCGUGCGGGCGGCGGGGGGCAAGCGCAAGAACCAGAACCGAAACAAGUCGGCAGGCCAGCAGGGCACCUCCAGGGCGCUGAAAGGCGGAGACCAAAACACCAGUGAACAGAAGCAAGCCUGCAAGAAACAUGAACUCUAUGUCAGCUUCCGGGACCUGGGAUGGCAGGACUGGAUCAUUGCACCCGAGGGUUAUGCUGCCUUUUACUGUGACGGGGAAUGCUCAUUCCCACUCAACGCACACAUGAACGCCACCAAUCAUGCCAUCGUGCAGACGCUGGUUCAUCUGAUGUUUCCCGACAAUGUUCCCAAGCCGUGCUGCGCUCCGACCAAGCUGAAUGCCAUAUCGGUGCUUUACUUCGAUGACAGUUCAAAUGUGAUCCUGAAAAAGUACAGGAACAUGGUAGUCAGGUCGUGUGGAUGCCACUGACUGGCUUCCUUACGUGUGUUGUCUUUGGAAAACAUUUCAGCGUCUGCAUGCUUAAUCUGAGAUGUCAUGCACAGUGUUAUGUAUAUAUGAGUUCCUUGAGCUUAUUUAUUGUUCCUGUUUCUGUGAUAAAACCCCCCAUUUGAAAGCCAGCAUUGAACCCUCAAGCCCCCUCACCUUAGUGGUAUGAGCCGUCUUGUGGGCUUACGGAAGCCAGCUAUGGAAUUUGUUUGUGAGGUCAUGGUGCCUCGCUCUGUACACACGGGGGUCACCCUUUCACCCCAUCAGGACCAUAAACUCAGAGCUCUUCUUUA